ACAUGAUUUUUAAUAAAUUUUCAAGAUUCUUUUUCUUUAAUUAUAAUAAUAAUAAUUUAUUUUCAUGAUUUUAUUUUAAUAAUUUUAUUAAUUAUUUUAAUUUUUAUUUUAUAUAUUAUAAUUUGAUUUUUUUUUAAUAAAUUAAUUAAUAAGAAUAUUCUUCAUAAUCAAUUAAUUGAAAUUAUUUGAACAAUUAUUCCAAUAAUUAUUUUAAUUUUUAUAGCUUUACCUUCAUUAAAUAUUUUAUAUAUGUUAGAAGAAAUAGUUAAUCCAUUUAUAACUAUUAAAAUUUUAGGUCAUCAAUGAUAUUGAAGAUAUGAAUAUAGAGAUUUUUUUAUAAUUGAAUUUGAUUCUUUUAUAUUGAAAGAUUAUUUAAUAUCUAAUUUUCGUUUAUUAGAUGUUGAUAAUCGAUUAAUUUUACCUAAAAAUUUUAUAGUUCGUGGUUUAGUAAGUUCAGUUGAUGUAAUUCAUUCUUGAACAAUUCCUUCUUUAGGAAUUAAAAUUGAUAGAAUUCCUGGUCGAAUAAAUCAAUUUUUUGUAAUAAUUAAUCGUUCUGGUUUAUUUUUUGGACAAUGUUCAGAAAUUUGUGGAUUAAAUCAUAGUUUUAUACCUAUUGUUUUAGAGGUUGUUAAAUUAAGCAAUUUUAUAAAUUGAAUUAAAACUAAUUUUUAAAAUUUUUAAAUAA